AUGAGAUACAAAAGAUGUCGAACAAAAGCUUGUAAUGGCCGGAGCCGGACGGCGUGUGGCUGCGGAUUUUAUUUUUGUCUGCAGGUUAAUGGUUCCUGGGGUCUUCCUGCAUUUAUAUGCGACGUGUACAUCGCUAUGGACGUCACUUCGUCUACUUCAAGUAUAUUUAAUUUGGUCGCUAUAUCUGUUGAUAGGUACAUCGCAGUAACUCAGCCAAUCAAAUACGCUAAACAUAAAAACAAUCGUCGUGUCUGGUUCACGAUUGUGUUAGUGUGGCUGGUAUCAGCGGCCAUCGGCGCUCCCAUCGUGCUUGGUCUGAAUGAUACUCCAGAUAGGAAUUUUGACGAGUGCCUCUUCAAUAGUCAGAACUACGUCCUCUACUCUUCUCUAGGAUCAUUCUACAUACCUUGUAUCAUGAUGAUGUUCCUAUAUUAUAAUAUUUUUAAGGCUUUAAGAAACCGGGCUAAGAAGCAGAGAGCUGCGAAAAAACCUCCCAUAUCUGGUGAACCCAUCACAGGAGCAACAACGGCGGUGGUGAUAGAAAAUGUGGCACAGACGAGGCAGUUAGAAACAGCCAUAGACGACCGACCCACUAACACAGGGUCUGGUAGCAACGAAGAAGAACAUGAAGACAGUUUCGACAAGCGGUCGGUGGACCUGGAGGUAGACGCUGACGAGUGCCACAUAAUACCUAAUGAUAAAUCCACGGAAUUCAUUCUUGCUAGUUCUGCGGAUGAUAAAAUAAAAAAACCUAAGAAGAAGAUUAAAUCUCAAAUUAUACCAGACCCGAACGGUAACAAUGAUUCUGGAUACGCUCCAUCUAAUUUGGAAGAUACGAUCAGAGAGCACAUAUCACCACCAGCAUCUCCCAGUAUGAAAGACGCCACUAUUUUAAAGAGCAUUUCCUCUGAUGCGAAGUGGAAAAAAAAUGGAAAACGAGUCGAUAGCGACUCAAGAAACGCUUCAAUAGCCUUCCGAUCAGAUGACGAUUUGAGAUCAAGCCAUUAUGAUAUCCGAGAUGGAUCCACUUGCAAAAAGGAAAGGAAAGCGAGUGCAGCGACUGCGAGGUUCACUAUUUAUAAGGCUAAUAAAGCUAGUAAAAAGAAAAGGGAGAAAUCUUCUGCUAAAAAGGAAAGAAAGGCCACAAAGACUUUAGCUAUAGUUCUUGGUGUCUUCCUCUUCUGUUGGACUCCGUUUUUCACGUGCAAUGUAUUGGACGCUAUUUGUGGGAAGCUUGGGCUACAAUUCACUCCUGGCGUGACCGUUUUCAUACUCAACACAUGGCUUGGAUACAUCAACUCUUUUCUCAAUCCUGUUAUCUACACCAUCUUUAACCCUGAAUUCAGAAAGGCAUUCCGUAAAAUACUCAAAUGCAGCACCUAG